AGCGUCUCCAGAGGGCUUCGGCUCGCGCGCUGCUCGUCACUCGUCUCGACGCUCUUGAAUCGCGCGCACCUACCGGUUUCGUUCGUAACUAUCUCUCGCACAUUUCAGCGCGUUUUCCUAAAACAUUUCAGGAAUAAUUCAAACAUUGUUGUGGCGUUAAAGAUAUUAAAAGAAAAUCAAAAAAAUUAAAAUAACCAAAUUUCAGUUUUAAAGUGAUUUGUGUUCUUUUUUUUUUUUAAAUUUACUGAAAGUUUCUUUUUGGAUUUAGAAAUUUUGAAUGGUACGAGUCCACGUGGAUUAAACUGUCAGAGUUGAUGAGAAGGAUAUGGUACGAUCGGUUGGGAUUCUCGGAAACCACUGGAAUUGGGAUGGUUUGUGAGUUACAUUAUUCUCACAAUUAGUACCCGUUGGUUUCAAGGAAAUUGUAUUCGAAAGUAAACGGAAAAUGCAGUUCGGAGUCAUAUCGUUCUUGAUGUUUCUAUCUUUUUUGACGUCUCCAUCAUCAUCAGCUUUAGAUGAUAAUUAUACACUUCCAGAAAUUCAACAGGAUUUGACCAUAACAGCAGAAGAUGAUUCUGAACAGGAACUGUCAUCUCAACUUCACGACGUUGACUCCAGAGGAGCCGGGGGCGGUUGGUCUGCGUGGUCUGAGUGGUCGCCCUGUUCCAGGUCGUGCGAUGGAGGCGUAGCCCACCAGCUGAGGAGGUGCCAGAAGGGCGGCUGUAGAGGCGAUAGAGUGCGCUAUAAAAUCUGCAAUAUGCAGCCUUGUCCUGAAGCAAGAGAUUUUAGAGAAGAUCAAUGCGCAGCGUUUAAUGGGCAAUUAUACGAAGGAAUCUCUUACACGUGGUUCGCCCAUUACGACGAUUUAAACCCAUGCGUUCUCGCUUGUAAAGGAAGGUCCUUCUCCGAAGAAAACGAUCAAAGUGACGACGUUGUGGUGGUUGCUAGAUUAGGAGAAAAAGUUCAUGAUGGUACUAGAUGUCGUCCGGGCAGUUUGGACAUGUGUAUUGACGGGAAAUGCCAAAGAGUUGGUUGUGACCUGCGAAUAGGUUCUACUUUACAGGUCGAUGCGUGCGGUGUUUGCGGUGGCGAUGGUUCCAGCUGUUCAAGACCUCUCUACCAUUGGACUUUAGCGUCCAUGUCACUUUGUUCAGCGACUUGUGGCGUCGGCUAUAAGAUGUCAAGACCAGUUUGCCAGAAUGUCGUAACCGGCGAGGAAGUUGAGGAACAGCUUUGUAACGAGUCUCAAAGGCCCGAUAAUACAGUAAUCGAAUGUAAUAUGCAUACGUGCCCACCAAAAUGGCAUGCUGGUGAUUGGGGCCCUUGUUCGGCAAGUUGCGGGGGUGGUUCAAAACUGCGUCAGGUUCACUGUACGGAAGAGACGAACAGCACGAAAAUCAAGAUUGAAGACGAAAAAUGUUCAGGAUACAAACCUAGGUAUCAAGAAUCAUGUAAUCAAAUGGAUUGUCCCAAAUGGCAUUCAUCAUCAUGGUCUGGAUGUUCGGUGUCUUGUGGGGAAGGUAUGCAAGUAAGGGUGGUGGAGUGUCGUGACCACAAUGACCAGCCAAGCGUUUUAUGUCCUUCCCACCUAAAACCGACCACCACAAAACCGUGUGCGACGGGAAUUCAAUGUCCGUACUCCGUCGACGAGCACAGCGAAGAAUUAAUGCCCGGACUGUACCAUACUCAACCCUUAAUACAACCGUAUCCGCCAUCAGGUCCAGCAAUAGCGGAACGAUUAAUCGGCGAACCGGUGGUCCCGUCAGAGAGCACAUUUAUAGCGGAUGAAUGGGGGCCGUGCAGUGUAACGUGCGGGGAGGGUAUAAGAAAAAGACAGGUGCACUGCAAAAUAUUCUUAGAGUUUUCACGUACCAUAGCUAAAUUACCAGAUAAUAAAUGUAGCGGUGAGAAACCAGCUGAAACCGGAAGCUGCUUUCUCGAACCCUGCUCAUCCGAACGUUUAGAUAUUAAGGAUGAUCCUUACCGACAAGACACAAAUCAGAACAUCAAGGUCGGAGGUGGUAGCCCUCGCAGUACGUAUUCUUGGAGGGAACAAGGAUACACUCAUUGCAGUGCUACUUGUUUAGGUGGCGUCCAAGAGCUGAUUGUGAAUUGCGUGCGCGAUGACACGCAAAAGGUCACCUCCCCGUACCUUUGCCCCCGCGAAACCAAACCGGAAAUCUUGAUCAGAACCUGUAAUGACUACCCGUGCCCGCCGAGAUGGAAUUAUUCCGAUUUCUCACAGUGCACGCAGUCCUGCGGGAUUGGGAUACAAACAAGGGAGGUCAACUGCAUACACGAAGUGACGCAAGGUGGUGGUAACACCGUCGUUGUUCCCAACAACAUGUGCCCUCAACCACCGCCCCCGGAUAGACAAUACUGUAACGUACUCGACUGUCCUGUUAAGUGGAUCGUAACCGAAUGGUCCAAAUGCUCGAGGGCCUGCGGAACCGGCGAAAAGACACGUAAAGUCGAGUGUAAACAAGUUAUGGCGCAAAAUCAUACGGUAGAUAGACCAAUUUCUAUGUGUCCAAGUCCUAGACCUUCCGAGAAAAAGCCAUGUAACACUAAAAGUUGCGUAUUAGAAUCUGAUAAACCGCAUAUUGACGUUUCAAAUUCGACUUACAUUCAACAUAGCGUUAAAAAGAAAAAGGUAUUUCUCAAAAUUGGCGGUGCUGCAACCGUCUUCUACGGAACCGUUGUUAAAAUCAAAUGCCCCGUUAAGCGAUUUAAUCGGACAAAAAUUGCUUGGACUAAAAACGGAAGGAUGUUACCCAAAACCAAGAAAUUUCGCGUAUCGAAAAAAGGAGCUUUAAGGAUUCAAAAUGUUGCUUACGCUGAUAAAGGAACGUAUACUUGCGCGGCUGGAAAAUCGGCAGCUAAUUUAACGUUAACCGUUAGAGCUAAACCGGGGGAGUUUAUGAAUUCUGAAGAAAUAUCGAAACAAAAAAGUGAUACUAUUUAUGAUUCCCCCGACAUACAACCUAGAAGAGAUGAUGAUAGGGUAAAUCCUAUGUUGAAUAACGAUGAUCACUCGCACGAACAAAGACCGGAUAAUAUUAAAAAACCGAAAAGUAAGGUUUUUACUCCUACUUCACCGUCAUUAAAAGCAGAUUCAAAUAGCUUAAGCGGUUGGGCAGCGGGAAGUACUGUUGAUUCAAAACGAGAUCAGAGUAAACUUUCGGCAUCUCAACUGCCCUCUUCGUCUGACUCACUCAGACCAGAAGGCUCUACUAGUUCAGCCUCCAGGGCAUUACCAUAUUUUCAACAACUUAUUUCAAAUUUACAGGGCUUAUGGCCUUUUCAGGCAUAUUCAAGAGGUCACCGCACAAUUUCCUUCCCAGAGGAGUUAAUUAACACUAAAGAUUCCGCUCCGAUUAUCCUAGGAAGAGGACCACCAGAAAAUCUUAAAUUCGAUUGGGUAAUGACUGAAUGGUCUAAAUGUUCAGAAUCAUGCGGGGAUGGAUUCCAAACGCGACAAAUCCACUGUUUAGUUCGUCUACAUAACAACACGCAACGUGUGGACGAUAACAUGUGCGAAGAUGCAGGGUUGGAACUUCCGGUUACAGUCAGAAAGUGCGGGAUUGAAGAGUGUCCGAAAUGGGUGGUUGACGAAUGGUCCACGUGUUCUAAAUCGAAGUGUUAUGCGUUACAUACAGCUUUGCAAAGGCGAGGAGUGAAAUGUCAUCUUUAUAACACCUCGGUUGCUGCUGUUAAAUGUAAGGAUUUCGAGAAACCUGUUGAUUUGCAGGAGUGCGAAAAUGUAAAAUGUAUAGGAAAGUGGAAGAUGGGAUCUUGGUCAAAGUGUAACGCACCUUGUGGUGCAGAAGGAGUAAAAUACAGAAUCCUCCAGUGUGUUUGGUACGGAACCAAAAAACCGGCCGGAACAGCUUGUAGAGAUCUCCAUCGACCACCUGUUACUAAAUCUUGUAAGGGACCUCCAUGUUUAGAAGUAUAGCUAGUCAAUGGAUAAAUUUUUAUCAAUUUAAAAGAAUCCCUUUGCACAGAUAAGUCGAUGUUUUGUUCAAAUGUAAGGAUGAUGAACUUGUGCACUUCUUCGACUUAUAAAACGACGUGUUGCAAAUCUUGCGCUUCAGUGGAAUAAAAGCGUUGAUAAGAAGAUAAAAAAUUUGUUAAUAAAAAUAAGGACAAAAUAUAAACGUUUAUUUCAUCGGCCACAAAACGGUACCUAGCCAAGAGAUAUAAUGCGAUAACAAAACCAAAACGAUGAUGAUUCUAUAAAUUAUUAAAGUUAAACAAAAAUAUAUAUUAUACAUAAGAAGUCUAUUUCCGUGUAAAGUUUAAAGAAAUUAAUUAAAAAAUGGGAAAACGCACGUGUAUAAAAUAAGUGCUGCGUUAGCAAUACUUAAUGAUUUAAAAUCAUUUCUUUUAUUUUUUGAUUGAUUCUUUUAAUCGGCUUGUACAGCUGGUCUGUAUAUAAUUAACUAAGGGGAACGUAAUUAUUGUCUAAGACUGAUGGUUUUUUUUCCUACGUUUGUCACUCGCUUGUUUUUAAAUGAUUAAUAAAGAAACCGAAUGGGUAUGCAAAAAAAAUUAAAUAAAAGCGAGAUUAGUUAAGAUACAUUCCAGGAGAGAUGGAGAAAAACGUAUUCUAUAGGAAACGUUGGUUGAUAGCUUUAUUAGGUUUAUUGUAAAGAAAGAAAAUAAGUUAUAGUUAAAGAUGGAUUUAAAGUUGACUGUUUAUAGUGUAAUAAUAAAAAUUAAAUUAAAAAAAAAUAAAAUAAUAAAUCCAAAAAAUGUAUAAAAACGUUUAUUUUAACUUCUUUUGUAAAACGUUAAAGUUUUUGAAUCGCUUUAAAGAAACAAAUCCCUACACAACUGCCAAACGUAUAUCAUCAACUUUCUAACUUUAUCGUUUUACAAAAUAAAAUCAAAUUUUACAUAUAAUUUAGAGUUAUUGUAAUUAUUUAAUGAUUAGAUUUAGGUGGACACUAAUUUAUGUAUAUGUAUCCUUUUUAUAUCUUAAGUUACCACUAUAUGUAUAUUUUAUACUGUUGGGCUUAUGUAUUUUAUUAAUGAGCUACGUAUGUAAUAUUGUUUUGUGUUGAUUAUUUAUUAAACUCUAUAAUUUA